GUCAUUAUUUACAUUUUAUUUUAUAUUUUAAAAGAUUAUAUGUACAUUAAAUUAUUAAAUAAACUAGAAACAGAGGAGGAUUUAUAGUCUAUGAAACUGGACAUAAAUAUAUUCUUUGUAUCAAGACUCCCAGUGACUUACGUAAAAAAACAAAUUAAGUUCUAAGUAUUGAUAGAUAUAUUCUCCAGGCGUAUAAAUAUCUUUUACAAUGGAAACGGAGGAACAUUUGUUGGCUCUAAAAGUUAUGCGCCUGACCAGGCCAACUUUAGCAAGCCCGUUGCCUGUAACAUGCGACAGCAAAGAUCUGCCAGGUAACUUACUAAAUAAUGCAUUACAGCAAGACCCUACAUCGGUACCAGGCACAGAAACCUUGGCAAUAGGACUUUUACUACUACCCCAAAAUCCAGUAAAUAUAUACUUAGGAGAAACAUUUUCAAGUUAUAUUUGUAUUUAUAGUGAGACUAAACAAAUAGUUUAUAACAUUAGUGUAAAGGUAGACUUACAAACUAGUUCUCAGAGAUUACCACUUUCUAAUAAGCCCCCAACAGCUCAACUCACAUCCGAGGAAACAGUGAAUGCGGUCAUUCAUCAUGAAGUUAAGGAAAUCGGUACACACAUACUUGUUUGUGAAGUGGCUUAUCAAAAUUCAUCGGGGCUCCCUAUGUCUUUUAAGAAGUUCUUUAAGAUCCAAGUCCUGAAACCUCUUGAUGUGAAAACUAAGUUUUACAAUGCCGAAAAUGACGAUGUGUACUUGGAAGCCCAAGUUCAAAACAUAACUUAUGGACCUAUUUGUUUAGAAAAAGUAUCCUUAGAUGCGUCUCAUUUAUUUAAUGUUACAUGUUUAAAUAAGACGCCAGACAGUGAAAGCAUAUUUGGAAAGAAUACAAUACUACAGCCGCAGUCAAUAAGCCAGUAUCUUUAUUGUUUAUCGCCAAAUGAAAAACUGACUUCGGAUUUAAAGUCUUUGAGUGGGGCCACGAAUAUUGGAAAGUUGGAUAUCGUAUGGAGAUCAAAUUUGGGUGAAAAAGGUCGUCUACAAACCAGUCAAUUGCAAAGAAUGGGGCAAAAUUCAGGGGGCUGUAAAUCCGAAAAGGGGGCCACUCGCCAAAAAUAA